AUGUGCCUGGCAGACUGUCAAUCACACAUUCACAUGUCAGGGACAGUGAUAAGACAGAAGCCUACCAAUCUGCAACGGGGCCUCUUGUCUAAAGAACCAAACAACCAAGAUAGUAUUUUGUGUGAUAAAAUCACACCUGUUGAAAGUCCUCUGCAAAGCCCCCUUCCUAGCAACAUCAUUAGCGUUAGUGACCAAGCCAGGCUGAAAACAAACCCACCAACAGAAGUGAACCUUGGUUUACCUCAGGAUAUAGCUUACCUAUUCCCUGCAAACUACAGCUACCUUGUUGUCGAGCACAGCAAGAAAGAGCAAGAUGCUUUCUUGGGAGCAGAGUCCUACAACUUUACACUAACAGUAUGGACAAAUGCAAACAGUCCUCAAGCAGCAGUGCAAUGGAUAGAAGACUUUGAAAAAAUCUCAAAAACAACAUACAGAGUAACAAGAGGAGUCAAACCAUCAGGUCAAAGAGUUCUGUUUAAAACAGUGCGACACUGUCACCACCAGCAAAAGAAACUAACUAAAACCCAAGAGAAAAUGAAGUCCCAAAUUCCACCAUCAUGUAUGUUCAAGAGCACCAGAAUGAAGAAAACAAAGUGUCCAAGUACCUUGAGAGUGCGAGUAUAUUCUAGCCUAGCCUUGGCUAUUGCCAACCAUCCUAGCAAAGCAUGUCUGAUUGACAUGCAGUAUAGCCACAACCACCCUGUAAAUAGUGGACAUGCACUUAGUUGCAGGUCUGUUGCUAAUUGCGCCAAAGAGGAGUACAACAAUUUGUUUGAGUCAGGAUACUCAGCAGCCAGAGCUCAGCAUGAAUAUGUUAACAGACUACAGCUAAAAUUUGGCACUUCAGAUGUUGAAGUUGCACUUGCUGAUCGGUCCAUCAACCCCAACUGCCAGGAUGUCCAACGCUUGUUUCAAAAAUGGAGACAGAAGUGUGUUGGCCCUGAAAAUGGCAAAUUAAUGUUUGAGCGUCUAUCGCUAGAAGUAAACCAAUUUAAUGAAGCCCAUAGCUCAGAAAACGGCAGAGCGUUUCUUCAACUUUAUCAGUCAGCCGAGGAGACCAAAGAAGCAGUGGCUCCUGAACAUCCACCAAAAGUUUAA